AUGCAGAUGUACCCGGGAGCAGGCUUCAAGGAGCACCACUACAUGGUGGAGAAAGACGACUACAUGUUCUCGGACGAUUUCCACUUCAACAAAAACUCGGCCAUGCACUCGAACAAAGGCGAACACCUCAACUACGGUGGACCCAACCACAACAUAUUGCACCAACACCCGAUGAUGAGGCCCGUCGACCACAACAAGCCCAAUCAUAACAUGCACCUCCCCAUGAUGAGGCCCAUCGAUCACAACAAGCCCAAUCAUAACAUGCACCUCCCAAUGAUGAGGCCCGUGGACCACUGCAAGCCCAAUCACUUUGGCUACAACAAGCCCAAUCACUUUGGCUACAACAAGCAUGGUGUUGGAGGAGGUAAUUAUGCCGAAACAUUUUACGAGCAGCAGGAAGAAAAGCAGUUUUAUGAGAACAGUUACGGGCAGUUUGACCGUGGGGCCCAUAACCGAGUACCCGCCACGUGGGACUGCAAGGGGAUCGACGACUAA